AUGAUCCCCGCAGCCACCGCCAAGUACGACUGGAUCCUCGCCCUCACCACCAUUGCCUUUGUCUUCAGUGCCUUUGGUAACGGUGCCAACGAUGUCGCCAAUUCCUACGCUACGUCCGUCGCCGCUCGCACCCUGGAGAUGUGGCACGUCGGUAUCCUAGCGGCUUGUACAGAGUUCAUCGGUGCCGUUGCACUGGGUUCUCGUGUCACGGAUACCAUCAAGAGCGGCAUUAUCGAGCUCGAUCGCUUCAAGGGAAACCCCGGUACUCUCAUGCUGGCCAUGGGUUGUGCUGAGGUUGGCAGUGCUACCUGGCUCAUGGUGGCUACGGGUCUGGGAUGGCCGGUGUCGACCACGCAGACUACAAUCGGUGCUUUGGUUGGUGUUGGUUUUGCCACGCAAACCUCCAUCCACUGGGAAUGGACGAGCGGAAGUGUCUCGCAGACUGCUGCCUCGUGGGGUAUCGCCCCUGGUAUCGCGGCGGGUUUCGCGGCCAUCAUCUUCGGUACCCUCAAGUACUCUGUUCUCGAGCGAAAGGACUCGUUCAAAUGGGCUAUGCGGUUAAUCCCGGUGUACCUGUCUGUGACUGGUGCUAUCCUAGCCCUGUUUAUUUUCAUCGAAGCUCCUACCGUCGGUGAUCUCGAGGAGUUCGGCGCCGGAAAGGUCGUUGGCAUUGUUCUCGGUGUGUUUGGUGGAUGUUUGCUCAUUUCCCUUGUCUUCUUCAUGCCGUACUUCUACCGUCGCCUGGUCAAGGAGGAUGCUCGCGUCCAGUUCUACCAUCUUCUCCUUGGUCCCUACUUGCUCAAGGACGACCCCUGGCUCCCGUUCCCCGGAAAGGGCGACAACCCCGUCAAGAACUACUACGAAGACGCCUACGGCGAAGUCCGUGCCGGUCAAAAAGACGAAAAGACCGCCGGCCCCGAAGAACCCACCCGCCAAUCCUCCAUCUCAAAGUCCGGCCUCAACACAAACGACGUCGAACGCAUCCCCGACUCCGUGCAAUCCUCUCCCGAAAUCCAACCCAAGAAGAAACACAUCGAGCCCCACGAGCGCUUCAUCACACCAGUCGAACACCUCCCCUGGACAAGCCCUGCCAAAUGGCUCGGCUACACAAAAUGGUUCUUCCUGCAGGGUGUCACCCGUGACGUGAUCACGCAUGAUUCCGAACUCCUCCGCGCCAUCCACGCCCGUGCCCACCGCUACGACGACCGCGUUGAACAUCUCUGGACAUACUGCCAAGUUGUCUCUGCGAUGAUGAUGUCUAUCGCACACGGCUCCAACGAUGUCGCUAACGCAGUUGGUCCGUGGGCUGCUGUGUACGAGACCUUCCGCACCGGGAAAACCGACGCCGAGGCUCCCACGCCGAUCUGGUUCCUCGUUGUCGCGGGUAUCCUCCUCGGUCUUGGCUUCUGGUUCUAUGGCUUCAAAAUUAUGCGCGCGAUGGGUAACAAGAUCACACAAAUGUCCCCUACCCGUGGAUUCUCCAUGGAACUCGGCGCUGCUAUCACCGUUCUCCUGGCCUCUCGACUGGGUCUCCCCGUGUCAACCACACAAUGCCUAACCGGCGCCGCCCUCGGCGUCGCACUGAUGAACUACGACCUCGGCGCUGUAAACUGGCGACAACUCGCCUUCAUCUUCGGAGGCUGGGUCCUCACCCUCCCAUGUGCCGGGUUGACAGCCGGGUUACUGUGUUUGAUGGCGCUGAACACGCCGCAUUUUUAAUCUUUUUUCUUCUUUUCUUGUGGCCGUUU